GUACCUGUGACCUCCAUUCACCACAGCAGCUAGCACAGCACGGGCACUGACCACUUCUUAGUCAGAUAAUCGAAAAUCACCGAUUUACGUUGUCUGCACCUGCAGCAACUUACCCAUGAUGUUUUUACCACGUGCCCCAAGCCCCAGCAGGACAACACCACCCCCUGUGCAGCCUCUAGAAUGCAACCUGCCACCACCCCCAGUCUUGAUGCUACCCUCUGGGCAUGACAGUCCACCAAAGGAUUGCCUGGCCCUGACAUGGCCAUUUGUGAAUGAGAAGGUGUCUCCUACCUCAUCUCAAGCCAUCAUGCCUGUUGGGGCAGUCAGCUCCUCGGGUGCACCCGGAUUGUAUCAGCAGUCCAGAGCUGUAGUCUUUGAUUCUCCAUCAGGACACCGAACAGUUUGUCUACAGAAUACCCUCUGCUAUACCCUACCCCCAAAUUCUCCCAAGGGAUCCCCAUUUGCUCCCAGCGUUAUCUCUGGAUCACCUGAUAAAUCAAAGCAGGGGACUGGUCGAUUGUCAAGUUCCACAAAGCAUGGAGAUUCAUAUGGAGGCGAGUCUCCUCACAAGGGUAGAGAGAGGAAGGCAUCACCAGGGGUUAAGAUGUCAAUGAGGAGUCUCACAGAUGGAAGAGGAUCACCACUGAACCAGACAGAUGGAGGCAACUACGGACGGCCAGAUUCACACACUUUGCGACAGCGACACCUACCCAAGGAAAGGACUGAUCCUCAACUACCAAGAGAAGGCACGAGCAGGCCUGGAAGGAGCCUCGGUAGCUCUGAUCCCUACCAGGGGAUCUUGGAGCAAGAUCAUCCCCAUGAGAUCACAUCACGUGGAUUUCUAGCCUCCUGUGCCUGUUCCCUAUUACGCCUCAUUCCUUUGGUACUGCUCAUCGGGUUAAUAGUAUUCUGGUGGUUUGGAACUCCGAAAAUCCUUAUAUCCAUGUUUGCUUCAAGUAGUGUAUGCCCAAACGUGAAUAUCACAUAUGUAAAAGGUGAACUUCAAAAGGGAUUGAUUGGCCAACCAGCUGCAUUAAACCUGAUCAUCAGUGCCUUAAGCAGUAACAUGUUUCAGAGCAGACACAACCUUAUCAUGUUCUUUCAUGGCAGUUCUGGGGUUGGCAAAACCCACACCGCCAAUAUCAUCACAGAGAGUGUGUUGAAAGGGACCGAGAGAGACUCUUGUAUUCAUCUGUUCAGUUCUGAUGUAUUCUUGCUGAGACAGAAAGAGCAGUCGAAAGAAAUGUUUGUUCAUACCAUCGAAGACUGGGUGAGAGGUAAGGAGAACGUGGAACCCAACUCGUGCUGUGUCUCGUUUUUCAUCUUUGAUGAGCUACAAGACGACACACCCAAUGACCUUACCCAAGCACUUGGCCAAGUCCUAUCUGGGAUCAACACCUCAUUUCCAUCGCAGUUAAAAAAAGGAACCAGAGUGUUCAUCAUUAUGACUAUGAUUGGUUCUCAAGCCAUCAGCGAGUUCCUCAUCACCAAUAUGAGACGAGGUCAUGACCGACAUAGCCUCACCACCCAGACAUCCAGCUGGCAGGAACCUUGGAAGCACCUCACAGCAACCCUGGACAAGUUGGAUACAUUUAGGAAUUGGCUUCAUCCAGACAAUUACGUCCGUAUUCCCUUCUUGCCCCUGGAGAAAUUCCACAUCAAGCAGUGUGCCAGACGUCGGCUUGAGUGCAAGAACAUUUCACCAAGCGAGGAGCGUCUGGAGUGGGUGUCGGACCAGCUGACAUAUUUUCCUGAUGACUGGCCAGUAUUUUCAUCCUCUGGCUGUAAGAAAGUUGCAGGGAAGGUGGACUUAGUUCACAAAGACGAGAUACCCAUCUUCAAUUUUAGAAAACCCUUCUGAGAAGAACGGAAACUAUUUGCUUUGAAUCUCUCAUCAUGCACUACCAACUGGUAAACAUAUUCAUGCUUUUAUAAAUCAUCUGCAUCAUUGUACGUACUUCCAGCUGUAAGUUGAAAACAGUUUUUAAGAUGCCUUUGCAUCUCAAUGUUCCAGUUAAACUGGACAAAGCUUCGACAAAACUGGCCAAAGUGAAAUACUUUACAAUGUUUUGCAUUUUAUUUGAAGUUGCUGACACAUAUUCCAACAUGGUAAAGUUUUCCGUAUAUAUUAGCUGUUGUCAAGUUCAUGUGAAGUUGUUUUCAUCACCUAAAUUUAAAAGAAAAGAGUGCCAUCUAAGUUAAGGUAUCAGUUAUAAGGUGUUCUCGUAAACAAAAGUGAAUUACACCUGCUUGAAAAAUACUGUCUUAUCAAUAUACAUACAUGGCUUUCAUACAUCCCGUGCAACCAGUCCAAAACAUCUUGAAAUCAUCAGUAGUUUUCCUUUCAACUGUCAAAUUUCAGUUUAAAAAGGUUUAUCAUUUGUGGUAAAGGAGCAAUAUCAAAAUGGGCAAUUUCAUUUCACUUUCAACCAGUCAUUUUACUGUUUUCUACAAUGGAAAAAGAAAAACUUGGAAUGAUCAACUGACAGUGUACAAAUUAUUAAACACCGUCAUAUGUAAA